AUGUCAACGAGGGCUGAGAAAGUCUCCAUUGCGGUCAUCGGAGCUGGCGGCGUAGGAUCGUGCUUUGUGACCCAGCUUGCCUCUUUGGCUAAGAGCCGCCCUUCUCCCAAACUCAGUCUCAUUUAUCUUGCCAUAAUCGAUAGGGCGCUCUAUCAUCAGGACUAUGCGCCAAUACCGUUCGAUAACGCACUUGAGGAACUGGACAAAUUCGGAUUUGAGCCUCCGAGCAUCUCCAAUAUUAUCCAUUUUCUCUCCAAGGCCCCUGAUAAGGUGGUGGUAGUUGAUAACACAAGUUCUCAAGCCAUUGCAGAAUCCUACCCUGCCUUCCUAAAAAGUGGGAUCAGCAUUAUUACCCCAAAUAAAAAGGCCUUUUCAGGAAGCAAAGAGCUCUGGGAAGAUAUAUUCUCCUCAGUUGGACCUCAAGGUCAAGGCCCUUUUGUAUAUCAUGAGUCGUCUGUUGGUGCCGGUAUGCCAAUUAUCUCAACUCUUAAUGACCUUGUGGAAACUGGUGAUAGGGUCACCCGAAUCGAAGGUGUUUUUAGUGGGACAAUGUCGUUUCUUUUCAACUCGUUCGCACCUAUCAACGGGGAGGGUGGCUCCUGGUCGGCCAAUGUUAUGAGGGCUAAACAGCUUGGAUAUACUGAGCCGGACCCCAGGGAUGAUCUAAACGGCCUCGAUGUCGCAAGAAAGCUUACUAUUCUUGGGAGACUGGCUGGCAUGUCUAUCGAGUCGCCAACCGCGUUUCCAGUACAGAGUUUGGUCCCCCAGGAGCUCUCCGGAUGUACAGAAUUCCUUGACAGGCUGCCCGAGUUUGAUGAUCGGAUGGACAAAGAAAGAAAAGAAGCUUCUAAGGCUAAUAAAGUUGUCAGGUUUGUGGGAAGCCUUGAUUUGGUUGCCCAGAAGGCCAAAGUAGGCAUGGAGUGGUUCGAAAAGUCUCACCCCAUUGCUGGACUGGAAGGUAGCGACAACAUUAUUAGCUUCCAUACCGAGAGAUAUGGCCCCCUCCCUCUUACUAUCCGUGGAGCUGGGGCUGGCGGAGAUGUCACGGCCAUGGGAGUUUUGGGUGAUCUUAUCAAGAUUUUGCGUCAAAUUUAG